GGAUUAUAUUUUUUUUAUUCAUUUUUCGUUUUAGGAAAUAAUGACUUCCUCUGGUGCGCUGACAGGACUCAGGACUGGCCCUUUGUAUUUCUUUGACCAGCCAUCAAAGAGGAACAGAAUUAGAGGGGCACGAAGCAACAUUUUGCAUUUUAAUGGGACAAAUGAAGGAGAAGACACAACAAGGCGAGAGAAUGAGCACAGAGCAGGUAAGAGUGAUGAGCUCACUCACAGGCUGCCAGGUGAAACAUGUGCGGAUGGUAAACCUGAUACUUCAUCCGCUGCCGGUGCCGCACUCAACAAAAAGCGCCUGGAUCCGAUGGAUGCGUACAAGCGAGCAGCCCCCCGGCUAUUAAAUGAACUGGCUCACCUGCUUUCACAACAUAAGUGGACUGAGAAAGGUUGUAUUCCUCAAGGGAUUGUAAAUAUUCUGAAUUACUCCUGGCACGAUCUGACUGCAGGGGCGGCUGCGCGCUCGAAAGGUCCGGAACAGGCUGACAAACGAGGCAAGUUCAAAGGUUCCCUGAAGUUGGAUGAGGCCCGGUCCCGGCAGGUGUCCUCCGCCGGGGACAGGAGGGAGGCGGGAGAGAGGAACUCGUGUGCUGUGGGAAAUGAUGGUCCCUCCGUGAGAAAACCACAAGUUAGCUCAAAUCCACGCGUGAAAAAGCACAAACCAAACUUCCACAGAGCUCACAACUCGGCAACCAUCAGUUUCUCCAUCUCAUCCAACAGUAAAGAUCCAGGUUGGAUCAUCCAGCCAACGCAGCCCUCCUGUGAUGAUUCUCAGUGGAUCAGUGUUUGUCAGUGGGUGGUGGAGCGACUCCAGGCCGCAAGAAAUCCUGAAAAACAACAACCGGGCCGGAACAAGCCCCUCAUUCUCCGUCACUAUGGUGACUCAAAACUGAAGGACUGGAGAGCGAGGAGAAAGGCCCAACCCGUCACUCUGGUCAACGGGAUACCCCAGGUACCAGAAGUGAAGCAGCCGGAGCCAGCGCAGCAGAAACUACACUACAGGAUCAACGACGGCUCCUCCUUCAUAUACUACCCGUCUGGUUGUAUGGCUGUAUGCCAGAGCCACUCAGGUCUGCCCUGUGGAGGCUUCUACACCAACGUGUUCAGUGACAGCGAGUGUCCUGUUAUCCUGGCGAGUAUCACGGCGUUCGGGCACGGGGCUGUUACACACAAUCUGAGCUCUGCCAUUACAGCAGCGUGGGACCAGGACGGUGGAUUCAUGUGUGACAAUGAUGGGAACACAACCAAGGAGUGGAGCUGGCAGGCAGGACGCUCACUGAGGGAGAAGAUUGUUAUACAGUUGUCCGAUCUAAUCUCUGUGAGGCUGCUCAGUGGCACGUCUGCCGUGCUCAGCUUCAGGUGUAACAGCGAAAGCGUCCAACUUCCUCUUUCUGCCGUGUCUAACGUUACCCGAUCAAAGAAAACGCAUGAAGGGAAGAUUAUCUCUCCCACUGCUCCAGACCUCCUGCUGGCGGGGAAGACAAAACCCCCUGCUGUGGUCCUGGAGAGCAAGGGGACACCUGUGUCUCUGUGCUCCCGGGAGGUCCUCCAGAUGGUCACAGAGGUGGAGGGGCUGGAGGAGCUGUCAGCACUGUGGAGAAGAGGAGGGCAUGUUGGCAGGGAGCUGAAGAAGCUUCAGCAGAGAGUACGAAACACCCUGGAUGACUGGUUGGAUUAUUAUUGUGCGGCCAUUGGGAUCAAGUGUCCUGACAUGGAGCGGAUGCCAGAUGCCCCACUGAGGACCAGGCUGAGGAGAGAGGUACAGUCAGCCGCUCUGCCCUCUCUGAACCCACCUGAGCAGGCUGCUGCUAAACCGGUCCAGCCUGAGAAGAGCAGGAAUGAGUUACAGGAGGACAGACACAGACAUCCGUCAGCACCAGCAGAAAGACCUCCUACAGAAUCCUACGUCAAGCUGCCAAGGACACCAAAAAGAAGAAGUAAGAAAGAAGAGCCCCGAGUCACACAGAUAGGACCCCUUCAGAUUCAUGGCAACAUCAAACUUGAGUCAGUGAUUAUUCCAAACAGUCCAGAUUUGCAGCCCUCAGCUGUCAACCGCUGUCCAGCCCCACCGUCAUUCACCCCUUCCACCCCCCUCACAGCGUGCCCGGCUCUACUUAGAGCUGCCCUGCUGGGGGAGGGGGGACGUAGGCGGUGCUGCUGCAGCACCACACAGAUGCCAGUGGUGACGGACUUGGAGUAUGAUGCCUUCGUUAUGGGCCAGCCUCCACACAGUCAACAGAUCCUGGUGGUGUGUGUGACUCCACUGCACCAACCUGCCAGCAAACACGCAGCGCCGGACCAGGGCGCACUGGAGCGGCUUUACAGGAGGAGGAACAAGCACCGAACCACGCCGUGUACUCAGUGCCAGAUGGAUUCAUUUCGCCUGGUGAGGUACGAGAUGUCUACAGGGAAGCCCAGCUGUGGAGUGGAGAACAUCCUGCUGCAGCAGCGACAUAACACUGCUCCUGGGAUGGUCCUGAUGUACAUCAGAGGGAAGCUGCUGUUUGUGGGAUACAUAUUCAGUGGUCACAGCUGCUCAGUCAGGGACCUUCACAAGCAAAUCUCCAGAACCAGGGGAGACUACAGAUUAGGUCUGAGCCUCCCUUCAGACUACAAGUUCAGUGAUACGGUGAACACACCUGCAGCCACAGAUGCACACAACUCUCAAGAAGCAACACUAAAAGGAGGAGAUGACUUAACACUGACUGCUUCAACAGGAAAGAAAAAGGCAGAUGAGAGCAAAAACAACCGAGUUCCUGAGGUAUCACACCUACGUCAGAGAGACCUUUGUAUCAACCCAAAAAAGACUCCAGCACUUCCUCAUGUCCCUGUUAUCACACACUGAAUAUGCUCCAGAGACAGGAUCAUAUCUCCAUCGGCUUUUGGUUAAUGUGCAAAUAAACUGCAAACGCCUCUCUGCUGCUCACUAUUACACCACUGAUAAGUGUAAUCUGUUACCUUGCAAAAUGUCUUAAGGAGUACACUGACGACCUUUAGAGGCAUCAGGGCUAAAAAUCUAUCAUCAAAGAUAAUCUGAUGUUUUACUCUGAAUGAUUGGCUUUUCAUCUUUUAUAUAAACAUUCAUUACUGUAAUGGUUUUUUUUUCAGUAUGAGCAGAUUUAAUAAAAA